UCAAUCUGUUGUCUAAAAAACAUAAUGGCUGCAAAAUUAUCCGCCACCCGACCUGCUCCACCAAAACCUAUUCCUAAACCCGGAAAGGUGAAGGUUGUGAGAGCACUGUACAAUUACACAGCACAAUUAACAGAUGAACUAUCCUUUCAAGAAGGUGAUUUGCUGUACGUGUUUGACCAAGUGACAGACCCAAAUUGGUGGAAAGCACGAUGUGGGAAUAGAACUGGCCUUAUUCCCAGCAAUUAUGUGGAAAGCCAGACAGAAGAAGUGGAAAUGCCACUGCAUGAAGCAGCUCGGCGGGGCAAUCUUAGUUUUCUGCAAGAAUGUUUAAGACAAGGUGUAUCUGGCACAGGAUUGGAUAGUGCUGGUAACACACCUUUAUACUGGGCAAGCCAUGGUGGCCAUAUUGACUGUGUAAAGGAACUUAUAUCAUUACCAAAUCAAAUAAUCGAUGCUCAGAAUAAAGUUGGUGACACUGCGCUGCACGUAGCUGCUGCCCGUGGACAUUCUGAAGUUGUGGAGAUUCUAUUAGAAAAGGGGGCAAAUGCUGAUUUGUGCAACAAAGAUGACCAGACACCACUGGAUCUUGCUAUGAAUCCUGCUCUAAGGAACAUAAUUCAGUUAAAUAAAACACAUCGCACAAACAAUCAUUUAACUUGCUACAGUGCAGAGGACUAUGCUGAUGAUUCAGAUUGAAACUUCAUGCUGCUCUUUUUUCGUUGCUGUGAUAUUGUAAACACCAAACAAGUAAGAUAUCAGAAGACUAUCUGAGCCAGUAGUUAAACAUUCCAAUAUUUAUAUAAAAAAGGGGAAAGAACAAUAUGAAAAGAUGUGUACAAUAGUUUAAUGCAUUGUACUCCUGUAUUAAAAAUGGAUAAAAUAAUUCAGUAACAAUUUGUUUGGUUGUAACUGAAAGAAAAAGUAUAUUUUAUUUUGUAAUAUUUGGUACCAAAGUAAUAGGUUUUGAAAAUACAUUGGAUAAAAUGUAAAGUUACCCAAGAUACUGCAAGUUAAUGACAAACUUUAGGAUAGCUUUAAUGACUGAUAUGCAAGAGUAACUUAUUUUUAGUGACUGGCUGUUCUGCCCCAGUCUUGAGAUUGGCAUCUACAGCUAACAGAAAUAGGGACGCUCAACUACCAAGCAAUCCAGGGUGUCUCUAAAGUCAUGCUACCAUGAUCCUUUUUGAGAGUUCAGGGUACCCAUUUCUUCUGUUUACCUGUUCAGCUCGAGCCAAACUAAAUCAGUGGAACGCCGCAUUGAAGAUUUUUCACAAACAUGUUACUCUUUUUUGCUGUUAGUUAGAAUUAAAUAUCAGUUAAUGGCAUAUUGGUGUUAAAAAUCCUUCACAUCUUUAUUAAGAUAAAAAUUAGUCUAAUUUUGAGUACCUCCAGUGUAGUGGGUGAGUGGCGGCAGUACAGAAGUGGGAAGAGUUUCAUAUCCAACUACGUUAGAAUAAAUAAAGAAAUCCAGCUUUGCAUUUGUAAAAGAUUCUUGGACUUUGUUAAUUUCCUAGAAGUAUGUUCUGAAAUAUUCGAUGUUAUAUAUGUAUAAGAGCGCUCUCUCUCAAGAUUGACUGUUAGAUUUUGUGACAUCAUUAUAACAAAUGUUCACCCCUGGUAGCUAAUUGGUCAGCGUGACAGAAUGUCAUACCCAAUGGCCUGGGUUCGAUUCCUGGCUGGGCCAGAGAUUUUCUCCGCUCUGGGACUGGGUGUUGUGUUGUCCUUAUCAUUUCAUCCCCAUUGACACACAAGUCGCUGAAGUGACGUCAAUUCAAAAGACUUGCACCAGGCGAUCGGUCUACCUGAGAGGAGGCCCUAGCCACAUGGCAUUUUCAUUUAUUAUAACAAAUCAUAAACAAGUGAUGGGAAACUUUUAUGGCAGAUCAAAACUGUGUGCCAGACCGAGACUCGAACUGGGGACCUUCGCCUUUCGCAGGCAAAUGUUCUACCAACUGAGCUACCCAAGCACGACUCGCACCCCGUCCUCACAGCUUUACUUCGGCCAGUACUGGGUAGCUCAGAUAGUUAGAGCACUUACCUGUGAAAGGCAAUGGUCCCGAGAAUGAGUCUCGGUCUGGCACACAGUUUUAAUCUGCCAGGAAAGUUUCAUAACAGCGCAAUUCCACUGCAGAGUGAAAAUCUCAUUCUGGAAACAAAUGAUGUGUAUGUGAUAAAUCUUCAAACUUGCCAUUGCCUUGAAUUAGCUUCUCCUGAGCUAAACAAGUAAACAGCAACAGUGGGCACCCUCCAGUCACAAAGGAUCACAGUAGUGUGCACACAGGGACAUCUGUCGGAUUGCUUGGUAGUUGAGCACCCAAUCUGUUAAAUCUAGAUGCUUGUAGUCAUGAGAGCCAGUAUCUAUUAUUUUCACAUUCCAAGAAGACACCCAACAAUGUGGCUUGUCUUAGCCCAGCAUACAAUGAAGUCUACACUGGCACUUCUGUUGCCAUUUUGUGUUGUCUUCUCAGUGCUGGGUUUUGCUUCAUGUGUCGUUAAUGUGACACGUCACAUCCACUUUUGUCGAGAAAACCAGACAUGCUAAACUCAGUGCUGUCUGCUAUCUGUCAGGCCAGGUUGGUAGUGAAGGAAAUCAAUCAGUGUCAGUUGAGUAACUUCGAUUUGUAUGAACUAUCAGCCAUCGCGUCAAUUGUCUUCGAUGAGUGUGCAGUUGUAGAUAUUCUCAUCUGUGCAUAAACUUUACGCUGUGUAACUUUUCCAGUAUCCUGGGUACUAUUAACAUAAUUUUUGUAUGCCUUUUAAAAUUCAACAUGCAAAAUUCUGAGUUGAUUUCUUGUAUUUUAGCCUCACAGAGGCUAUCCACUUCACAUCCAGGUGUAGCAAUUGUUUUUAAAUGGAGCAGUGUGUUCAUUUAUGAUGUAUUUAAUAUAAAAUGCUGUGACCAUUUACGUUGUGUGUUAAUUCGUGCAAGCUGCUGUGUCAGUGCCGACUGAAUAAUUUAAAGUGUGUUUUAUGGAAAACAGAAAUAUUUCUAAUUUUAAAAUUUGUAUUGCAACAUCCAUGAUUUAUGCUGCAGUUCAGCUAUACAGACUUGAGUUGUGUGCAUUGAAACAGUUUUGUGUCUACUUAAUAAGAUACCUGCAGCUCAUAAUGGGAAUAACAUAAUAGCAAUAGAAGAUAGUUUGUUAGACUGUUGGUAAAUUUCAAUUAAUUGAUCCACAAAAUUUCAAAAAUGAUUAUUAUGUUAACAAAAUAUGAUGCUAUAAACACUUCUUGUCGAGAUCAAAAUAGAAGCCAUGGACUUGUUAACUUGAAUCGCUGUUGGUAUCAGUGCAGGCCACUAACACAUGAAACAGGUGCUAUAAGAGUGUGUGUGUGUGUGUGUGUGUGUGUGUGCGAGAGUGAGCUAUUAGCUGAAGUCAAUGCAAAAUCUUCAAGUUUGUGUUGUGUACUUACAUAAUAGAUGCAAAAGCACAUUAAUAUCAGCUGCACUUUGUGCGACACAGCCUACAUACUGUCCUAGUCUUUAUGAGCAUUGUUUCAAACAAUUUCAAUGACACCUCACUUUUAUUGCCAGUUAAGCCCAAUUAGAAUUCAAACAAGGAUAAAAUUUGCAUCUUUGGUUAAAAAGUAAUUUUAGAUUUGACAGCAUUAAAAUAGUUAACAAAUAUUUACAGAAAAAUUCAAACUUUAUACAUAUAAAUGAACAGAUAUUUCUUCAUAAAUAAGAAAUGUUUGGUGAUGGGUAAUUGUGUACCAAUUCAAUCAGAAUCUAAGACUGAUUGGACAGUUUCUCCAAUCAUUAUAUUAGUAUGCUUUCCCAAGUAUGUGCACUAUUUAUGUCUCUUCCUAAUAACUUGCUUCUUGCUUUUGCAGUGUACAUAUUUUAAUAAUGAGCGCUCUUUCUUUUACACCUCUUGAAAUCUCCAUUGAUGUAGUAGCCCCUUAAUUAUUUUCUUUUGAAUUCAUACAGCAAUCAUUUUACCUGUAGGUUAUUUGUCCUCGCAGUAAUGUCAAAAUGAAAAGCAAGGUGUCUGUUACAUGAAAUAAUAGUCUUUUAGACCAGAGGAUGACUUUCCAUUCACAUAUGUACUAGAAAAAGGCUGCUGCCUAUCAGUCUGACGUGCAUGUGUCAAAUAUGACAACUGGAAGUAAUUUUAAGAUUUUUUUUUUUUUUUCUGGUGUGCGUUCUGCAUUUGUAACAUUGUGUUUAGAAAUUAUGUGGAAGUGCAAUAAAUAUCUUGUCUAUCCUCCCAUUUCCACACAUUGUGCCUUACAAAUACUGAUAAAUGCUGUUCUUUUCCAGUUUUGAACAUACAGUUGUUCCUCCUAUUUAUCCGUAGUGUCAUCAUUGAGAUGAUUUUCUGAUUCAGAAGUUUUAUUUAACACCAAAUGACUCUUCAGCUAAGCAUGUCAGUAUUAUGGCCACCAAGCAACUGCUCAUCCAACAAAUGAAGUGCAGAAUUAGCUUUUCAACGAGACUGUUUUUCUUGUGUAUUGUCAAGCAUCUCCAUGUAUACAGCUUACUUAUUAAUACAACCAUCUGGAUUAUUCACCAUGUUCAUAUUGAUGCAAAAUUUAUACAUGCAUAUGUAUAAUAUAUGUUAGCUGUGUCCAAAAAUCAAAGUGAUAAUGUCUGUGUAAAAAAAAAAAAAAAAUUACAAACAUUUAAAAUUCUCGAAGUUAGCCCCCCCCCCCAUGGAACCCACCUAUUUUUUUCCCCCCUUGACUUGGACAGGGACCUUGUUUAGAGUCUUUGUAUAAGUUGUUUGCUUCAUUUUGAUAUUCCCAAAAUAAACUCUUUUCAGGAUAGUCUUAAUUCUCGGAACAGGAAAAAAAAAUCUGCUGGAACCACAUCAUAACUGUAAGGCAAUUCCUGGGUGUGGGGAGAGGUAUGGCUUGUAGCUUUCUUAUGUUGCAACUGCCAGAUAUUGUGGAUACCCUUCUGCAGUCAGACAACCCAUUUUCUUCACCUCUUGAACACAGUAUAGCAUUUCUGCUAUAAUCCACUCACUAAUUCAAUGGUUAAUGUUGAAAAAUCAAGAAGACAAAACACAUUUUAAGCACCAUUUCUGAUUGAUGGCCAUAAAGAGCAAGAUUCUUUAUGUUCCUCCUUAAGGGACUUCAACUGCUCACAAAAUCACAGUAUGCCUUAUCAGAGUCGAUAUUGGCUAGCCAGAUUGUUUAGCUGGCGUUGACAAGAUUUUUGUUGAUUUUAACACAGGAACUUGACUGUAUACAGUCAGUCAAGAUUAUUGAUUCCAUUGCACAUUGUGAUGCAUGCACUGUCAGGAGGUUUACAGAAAUAGAUAUGCUGAUAUUCCCAGAGCUCAGAAGGUGGUUAGGAGUGUUAGAAAACAAAUAAUUGCAUCACUUCACAGACUCAUUUUGUAUACUGUUUAAAUGAUAGUCUCUUUCUCCAAAGAACAGUUAACUCGUCUAAAAAAAAGAAAAGUCUCAUCUUGAAUGGCACACUUCGACAUAUUCGAAGGUCAUAAGGUAAAGCUGUUGUCAACCAGAACAUUGGUUUGACACCACAGUACUUUACUAAGCAUUGAACUUCCACUAUAACUGACUUAUCCAGUCAGUUAUAGUGGGAGGGGGACCAACUUUUUAAAGUGGACUCCAAACCAUGGUGCAAUUCUGCAUGUUUCACAUUAACUAACAUUGACAGAGGGGGUGACAAGAAAUGGAUAACAAUGAUUGAAUCAAACCCAAGACCUUUGGAUUUAUUGUCUGUCAGUGUACCACUGAGAGGUCAUAGCCAUGUGUAAGUAAUCAUUUGGUUUUGGAUGUCCUGAUUGUGAAAUUUGAGAAAAAUUUAAUGACCACAAGAUGAUAUUUAUCUUUCUCUGUUCAUACUUAUUACUGUUUUUCAAUUUUAAAACAGUGGAUCUCACUGCCAGUGGUUUUGCAAUUGUAAUUAAAUUUCCAAUAAAGCAAGUAUAUCUUCCACUUACAUAUUUACUGUACAGUCAUUCACUUCACCAGAAACUGGAUUAUAUCACAGUCUAAAGAAAUCCACUGGUGUAAACAAACCAUAUGAUUGAUUAUGCCAAAUCUCAGCUCAUUUGUUUACUUCUGUCAGUGUGGGUUUUUGUUCAUUGUUUAUUUUGCUCCCAUCUUUACUGGUAUCUUAAAUUCUGCAAAAGUUCUGCAUCCAUCACUGUGUUAAAUUUUUAUAUUCUCAAGAGUCCAGCCAUUGUCCUUCGAACUUUGUAUUCUUCUAAUAAAGGCAGCAACUGGUCGUUGAGCAAUUUUUUUGUUCUUCUCAAAGUUAAAGAAAACUGUAGGCAGGCAAAUGCUACCCGAGACUUUGUCAGAUGCUCGUACAAAUGUGUUCUCAUUUGCAAAACUAGACUGAAUAAUAUCAAUUUGGACACGCAUGGGUACAGUGCGUUAACUGGAAGUUGGCUGAUGCCAGAGAGGAGGGCAAGGGCUGAGGGAGUGCAGGAAACAAGCCCAGCCCCCACAUAAACUGACAAGGGUCUGGCAACUUAAUCUGUGGUUCAUGCUUCCACAAAAGCAGAAGUCUUCCACAAAAGCAGAAGUCGUGCAGGGACAUAAACCAAUGGAAAAAUGCUGCUAUCAGAGCAUAAAAAAUGUGAAUAUGUUCCUGUGUGUUUAAACGAUUCUAACUGAAAAUUGAGGUACCAGCUGUGCUGUCUGUCUACCUUCCUUAGCAGCUUUAAAAUUUUCCCCAAAAGUUGUGGCAUGUAAACAUAUUUGCACUCCCCCCCCCCCCCCCCCCCCCCACCACCACAACCUCAAACUCCUACAACCUCUCCAAGCCGUAACUCACUCACACCCACUAGCUCAUUCAACCCAACUCAUUAUCUCUUUGUGUCUCUCUGUUGUCAUAGCCACAAUCCCCUUUGUUCUGCCCUACAACUACAGUGUCCUCUUACUGCUAAUAUCUCAUUCCUUGCCUCUUCCUACAGCUGCUCUCUCUUCUCACUGUCACUAUCUCUCUCUUCCAUGUUGUCAUUGUCAUUAUCACUGGCUCUCAGCCACGUCCACUUCCUCAUUGUCUCCUUCACUCUUUUCUGUCACUGCAACAAUGGCCCACUGCCAUUGUCUCUUUGCAGUUUUCUGUCUACUAUCUUCCAGUAUUUAUUACUUUUCUGUUUCUCUGCCACUGUUGCUGUCUCCUUCUCUCUCAACAUAAAAGGAGCAAACAUGUUCACAUUCCAAAUUUUUUUAGAAUGCUGAGUAAGGUAGAAUGAGGCAGCUGGUACCCCCAUUUUUCAGUUAGUAACAUUUUUCCACUAGUUCCUUUCUUUCCCCACCUGUGGCAGGGCAUGUAACUCAUAAGAAGAGAAAUGUAAUGGUCAGAAAAAUUUAGAUAGUUUAGCUGUGUACGACUGAAACCAUGCAAAUCUAAUUUUACACCUCAGACAAGAUUUUAUGUGCAAAACUAUGUUGCAUGUGCAUCAGUACUACAAGUGGUUUCCAGAUGAUAAUGGAGACACUUAACAGCAUAUUUUCCCAUGCUAUGUCAAUUUAUAAACUAUGCUUUUGUAUCACAUAUACAAGUAGGGUACCUUUGAACAUCUGCAUCUCAGAAAUGGAUAAAGAUAUGAAGAAAAUUUUCAAGGUUGUUACAGAUUUUGAUCUUAAGAAAACAUCAUAAAAAUUACAGCCAUUUGCUGUGCACAAUGAUCUUGGAAUCAGUAGUUGGGUUUCAGUUUAAAAAAGUUUUUGGGAUGUUUCUCAAUAAAGGACAAAUAUUUCUAAAAAUGGAGAUGGCUACUUCACGUAACUUAUCAGUUAGGUAACACUGGCUGAAGCCAAAGCUUUCUGACAUCUCCCGAUUCAGGCCUAGGGAGCUGAUAAACCAGCUUAAAGUUAACACACUACUCAAGCAGCAGCUGGCUCAGGCCUGUGGCUUGUGUUAAUGGUCCAAUUAUAAGUUUGUACCUGUAUGGCACAUACUUAAUAAAAUAGAGCGCUCAUACUCUGUUAGGGUCUUUAUGAACAGAUCAUUUUAUAUGAAAUGAACUGAAAUAGCUAAAACAGUAGUUUCCUUUUUAGGUUUUAUUAAUGGCAAGAUAUGUAAGAGAAUUUCUAUAAAUGAUUAAGUAAUCAGUAUUUUGUAAAGUAUAAAUUUUGUAUAUUUGAAGCUGACAAAGAAUGAUGUAUAGUUUUAAUAUAUUAUAGCUUUUUUUAUAGCAAUACAAUUGUAAAAUUAAAUAAACAACAACAACAAAAGGUGCCUACAAAUAAAAGGGUGUAGGCAAUGAUCUUAAGAUUUUAUUACUGAAUCAUUGUUUAUUUUCCCUUGUUCUGCUUCACUUAAUUUGUAGCAAAGAUCAUCAGUACCAUCUUUUUAAUUUCAAUAACUAGUGACACUUUUCUAUUAAAUUCAAAUUCACUUACCUGUGAAUGCUUUCGUGUUCCUACAACACAAUAAAUUGACCGCCACUGUUAUAUUACCUAAAAAUUUGUGAGUAGAUUUGUGCGCAAGCCCGAUGAAAUGAGCAAAAACAAGGAGAACAAUUGUAUGCUGUAACUUUGAGAUGUCACACAAACAAAAUUAAGAAAUACUGGGAGGGAAAAAAAAAUGGAUUAAAGACCAGAGCGGUAUGAACCAAUUUCUAUCCCCCCCCCCCCCAAUGAAUCUUUACAAAAUAGAGUUCUCAUUACAGAGGGGGGAGUGUACAAUUGCCCCCCCCCCCUUUUCUGUUCCGUGGUAGUAAAGUGUGUUUACAGGUGUUAUGCACUUCUGACACAGUCAUAAUUAAUGUGUGGAAAGAUGUGUUUGAACAGAUGAAGGCAAUUAAAUGAGAUGUUGAGUCGCAAGCAGGCACAACAAAAAUACUACUAUAGAAUUAAGUUUUCAGCCAAAAGCCCUUUCUACUCGCACACUUUUUCUGUUGUCCCUGUCUGCAACUCAACAUCUACUUUAUUGGGUGAGUAGGAAUAAUGAAAGUAUUGUAUCUUACAUUUUCCAUUGUUUGAAAGCAGUUAAAAACUGGAUAAUGUUUUGUUUCCGUGGUGUUGUUCCUUUUAUUAUCUUAUUAUUCUAUAUUGCAGACCACUGAAUGUAUCCUGAUAAUUUGUGUAUGUACCACACUUGAGUCAACUCUAUUUUGUUCUGGAAUUACUGUUAUUGUCAUAAGAAGGAAGUUUGCUUUAGAUGUGAUUGUUAAUAGUAAGUGUUGAAAACAAACGAAAACAGCAUCAACCUUUAUUAUAAAGUAUUUUAACAUAAAAUAUAAAUACAAAACAUACAAUUUUU